AGCAAAAAAAAAAAAUUAAAUGAGGAGGCAGAGGGGAAGAGAAUUAGGAGAAGGAAGCUCAAUGUCGUGGAAGGAACAGCGAAACCUCAGAGAGAAAGAGCGACGAAUGCGCAUGAAACAUCUCUUCUUUACACUCUCUUCUCAUGUUUCUCCCACUCAUAGGUUACCGGUGCCUCAGCUUAUAGACCAUUCGGCAUCAUACAUGAUGCAAUUAAAAGAGAAGGUAAACAAUUUGAGGGAGAAGAAAAAGACUUUGUUAGGAGAAGUCGGGAAUCUCUCUGAAGGGUCAUCGUUUAUUCUGCCGAAGCUCAGUAUUUGUUCGCGGGGCUCGAUCAUAAAAAUGAAUCUGAUUAUGGACCUGAGCAUGAAAAAAGUGAUGCUACAUGAGCUUGUUAGUGUUUUUGAAGAAGAAGGAGCUCAAGUUAUGAGUGCUAAUCUUCAAAACUUGAAUGAUAGGAUCACUUACACAGUCACAGCUCAGGCCAUCAUAUGUCGAAUCGGCAUCGAUCCAUCGAGGAUAGAAGAGAGAUUAAGGGAGAUCAUCUUUUGA